AUGGCGAGGAUGCAGCAGGAGACUGGUCACCCUCCUUCUCCCUUCUUGGCGAGGUUCCAUGCAGAUCUCUUCCGCGUCUCCAUGGCCCUCGCUGGCCAAGCCCUCCUUUGGAGGACCCUCAGCUCCGGCUCCUUCUCCGAUCCAUGGCCUCCCCUCUUCAACUCUAUCGUCGAGAAAUCCUUCUGGCUGCUGGCCGCCCUCGUCCUCUCUUCCUCCUCCCUCGCCUACCUCUUCAAAUCCAUCUUCCACUUCCACGUCGUCAAGGCCGAGUUCCUCGACCGGUGGAGGGUCAACUACCUCUUCGCCCCAUGGAUCGCCGCCAUCUUGCUCCUCCAGUGCCUGCUUCCUUUUAGAUACGACCAUGAGAGGAGCAGCGGCAGCGGCUUGGGAGGGAGCAAGUUCAUCAACUGGGGCCACCUGGCGCCGCUCAUUUCAAGAGCCCUCUGGUGCGCUUGCACGGCGGCGGUAUUGCUGCUGGAGGUCAAGAUCUACGGCCAAUGGUUCACCAAGGGCAAGCGCUUCCUCUCCACCGUCGCCAACCCCUCCACCCACCUCUCCCUCAUCGGCAACUUCGCCUCCGCCCAGGCCGCGGCCCGGCUAAACUGGAUGGAACCCGCCCUAUUCUUGUUCUCCGUGGGUAUCGUACAUUACCUGGUGGUGUUCGUUACGUUGUACCAGCGGCUUCCGUGCAACGCUUCUUCGCCUGCACGGUUGCAGCCGGCGAUCUUCCUGUCGAUCGCGGCCCCCAGCAUGGCUUCCGUGGCUUGGGCCUCCAUCUCCGGUCACUUCGACACCGCCUGCAAGAUGUUCCAUUUCCUCUCCAUUUUCCUCUUCUUGAUGCUGAUUGUGAGGCCAACUCUUUUCGCAAAAGCAAUGAAGAAAUUCAAUUCUGCGUGGUGGGCAUACGUGUUCCCUGUCACGACGCUUGCACUCUCAUCAGCUGAGUAUUCGUUGGAAGUGGGUUCUGCGGUAGCCCAUGGAAUCCGAAGGGCCAUGUCCUUGAUCUCGCUGGCCAUGACGCUCGCCUUGAUUCUGCUCACACUCGUUUACAGGAAGGCCGUGUUCGUUGAUGACACGUCUCUCUUUCCUAAGCAGACAAAAGUGCUGCCAAUCUCUUCGCCAACAGCCAGUCCGGCCAUGGAGGAGCAUGUUCCCGACCAAACCACCCUGGAAGUCGGGAGAUGA